AUGGCCCGAGCCAGACGUAACUGGACUGCCGAGGAAGAUUAUGCCUUGCGUAAAGCGGUCAAUCAAGCCCUCACACAAUCUCGGCCACUGCUAUGGCGGGAACUGGCAAAGUCUGUCCCGGGUCGGUCCAACAAAGACUGUCGGCGGCGGUGGUGGAAUAGCUUAGUAGCUGGCAGGACCAAAGGCCCGUGGUCGGGAGAAGAGGACGAACGGCUGAUCGAGGCUGUACAGGAGUUCGGCUUUGCCUGGACUCAGGUAGCCAAGACAGUCAUGACCAGAAAUGCGGACCAAUGCGCGAGCCAUUGGAAUCAGGUGCUGGACCCUGCCAUCAACCACUGUGACUGGACGUCGAAAGAAGAUGCCCGCCUGCUCCACGAAGUCCUGUCGCACGGGACAAACUGGGCCACAAUUGCCAUCUCGCACACGCCCAAGCGGACAACAUUGGCGCUCAAGAACCGCUAUUCGGCGCUACGGCUAUGUGCACAGCACAGCACCAAGAGGAUGGAGGCUCAGGGCCGCAAGAGCCCCAGAGAUAUCGCGGUAGCUCCUGGCUUAGACACGACUAUGGCGGGCCCUGAGCCAGCAAUCUCUGAUGUGGAUACAAAUACUGCUCAUACUAGAAAGCAGCUAAAGCCGCCAAACUCCACACUGGACGACAAGCCGAUGGAGAUUGAUAAUGGGGGCAAAGGCGACCGUAUAGAUAGCGGAUUCGUUAGCGGCAACGAGGACGAUUAUAACAAUGCGGUGUCGCCUGGCCUGGCCACCUCCGUGUCCCAAACGGCUCAGGAGCGGGACCUAUUGCACUCGGCAAGCGUAUCUUCGACCAUGUGGCCCGACUACUUUGAUGGCCCCGGCAUGGACGCGGCCUUCCAGCCCGAGACGCCGCCGCACGACAGGAUAACGCCUUUAACGACUCCAGUCCACCCGAGGUGCUGGGUGCCCGAGUUCAUGGCGGAUCCGGCCGCGGUCUCCAUCCAGCCCGAGCCGCCCUACAAAGGCGACUUCAUGGCGCCUGUCUCUACUCCUCUGUCUCCGAGUAGUAAUCCUUACCUUGAUCCAAGGCUAUUAGGGAUUAUAUCUAGAAGUUCCGUGGGCCUUGUUGCCGAAUUCGAUAAUGGUAUCAAUAACAGGAUUACUCCCCAUCCCUGCCGUACCGAGUCAUCCGUUGGGUCGCCGCCGGCUAGCAUUGACCCUCGCAAUCUUACUUCGGGAUGCGGUAGUGCGGGUCGCCCAAGGAGUCACAUUCCACUCUCCUACAAGAUCGAAGCCGUCAUGGCGAGCUUGGAGGCUAUCGGGAUGUCGGUGUCGAUGAGGCUCGAGCCUAUAGCACUCGCAAGGAGAGGCGGGGAGGAGGAGUAG